AUGAAUAUAUAAUAAUUGAUUGAAUUAUUUAGUCAGAGAUAUAAUGGACUUCAACCUUAAUUUUUAGUUAAAGCACCUGGAAGAGUUAAUGUAAAUCUUAUUAUAAAUGAUAGUUAAUUGGUGAACAUAUUGAUUAUAUGGGAUAUGGAGUAUUACCAUUUGCUUUAGAACAAUCUUGUUUUAUGUUAUUUGCUAUUGAUGGAAAUGAAAUAUAGAUUUAACAUGCAGAUGAUUAAUAGUUUAAGUAAUUCAGUCUUUCAGUGAAUCCAAAGGAAGAAUAUAAUGAAAUCCAAAAUUAUGUUAAAUAUGUACUUGCUGGAUAUAGAGCAGGAAUUUAAUAUGGUAAUGCAAAUUAAGGAAUUAAAAUGUUGAUUAGCGGCAACGUUCCAUUUUCUUCAGGAUUAUCUUCAUCAUCAUCAUUAGUAGUGGCCUCAUCUUUAAUGAGUUUAUAAGUUAGUGGAAAAACUUAAUAAGAUAUUGAUAGACAUUAAUUUGUGAAUUAGAUUAUUAAAUUUGAAAGAGAAGCUGGUACUGCUUGUGGUGGAAUGGAUUAGACAAUAUCUGUUUUUGGAUAAGAAGGAUCUGCAUUAUAUAUUGAAUUUGAUCCAUUAAGAUUAACUUAAGUUAAUUUACCAAAAGGAUAUUCAUUUAUUAUUGCAAAUUCAUUGACAGAAUCAACUAAAUUAGAAACACUUGGAAAACAUUAUAAUAAAAGAGUAGUUGAAUGUAGAAUUGGAAUCAAAUUAAUAGAAUAAAAUUUAAAUCUUGGAACUAAUUUUCGAACUUUGAAAUAAUUAUAGGAUCAUUUACAAUUAUCACUUGAUUCUAUGGAAGAACUUUGUAAAUUUAUACCAAAAGGAGAGAUUAAUCUUGAAUAAUUAGAGGUUUUAAAUCUUCCAAUAUUAUUAUCUGAUAUUCCUUACUUUGAAUUAGUAUUAAAUUAGAAUAAAAGUGUAAAUCCUUAUGAUAGAUUAACUCAUGUUGUAAAAGAAGCCUAAAGAGUUAUAAAAUUCAAAAAUAUUUGUGAUUCAAAACUAUCAGAUGAUUCUAAGGCUAUAUUAUUAGGUUAUUUGAUGAAUUAAAGUUAGAAAUCUUGUAAGGAAUUAUAUGAAUGUUCAUCUGAUAAUAUAGAUAAAUUAACUACUUUAUGUAUUAAAAAUGGAGCUUUGGGUAGUAGAUUGACUGGAGCUGGAUGGGGAGGCUGCACAGUCAGUUUGGUCAAAGAAUCAGAAGUAAAGACAUUUAAGAAUAAAGUAUUCUUUAAUAUUUAUUAUAGAUUAUUGAGUUCUUCUAUAAUCACAUUGAAAACUAAGAUCAUAUUUUUUCAACUUAACCAUCUCAAGGAGCAUCAAUCAUAAAGCUAUGAUU